AUGGGAAAAUAAAGAUAAAAAAAUUAUCAAGAGGUGAUGACAAAGAAAGAAAGAUAAAAAGGAGAAAGAAAAAAAGAAGAAAUAUGUGAAACAUCCUUUUGCUCCUAAAUAAAACAGAACUGCAUAUAACUUUUAUCUAAAAGACAAAUUAGAAAAGGCAAAGGGGAAUGGUAAAUUCUUGAAAAAGAGAAAAGAUUGAAAUAUGAAUAACAGGCUAUUACUGACUCCAUUAGGUAUAAUCAAGAAAAACUGGAGUUUUUUAAGAGUUAAGAAAAUGACCAGAGUUAGUCUAACUUCGACAGUGACGACGAGUUUGGACUAUUAGACAAUGAUGCAAAUGAAAAUAAUAAGAUUAAUGCUAACGAUCCCUAGUUCUAUUUAGAAUCAAAGCAUGUAGGUUAAAUACGUAAAUGCAUGAAAAUCAAAAAGGAAGAUAAACUCUAUAAAAGGCCUUAAUUAGAAGAAAAAGGUUUGUUUUAAAAGGAGCAUAAGGAAUUAGCAUCAGAGUAUCCAAAGAAACAAUUAGAGCAUCUUGAAUUUUAACUUGACAAGAGAAAACUUGAAAUUAAAUCUAGACUGAUACCAUAUAAAAAAUAAAGAUCUGCUUAUCAGUUUUUCUGCUAAGAUAUGUUAACUAGUGAAGAAUUUAAAAAAGUAAAAAAUCCUCGUGAUAGAUUUAGAAUGCUUUCAGAGGCUUGGAAAAAUAUAGAUAUUGAGUCCUUGUAAAAAUACAACAAAAUGAAUAAACUGGAUGAAGAAAGAUUUGAGCAAGAUGUGAUGACAUACUAAAAACUAAUCAGUAAAAGCUCAAUAGAAAACUCCAAUGAACUUAAGGAAGGAGAGGAAAUAUAUGAGGAGAGCUAUUCGAAUGAUUAAGCGAAUAAAAAUAAUGCUUUUGAUAUUGAUUAAUCACCAGCAAUGAUGUGUUUUACAAAUAAGAAUUAUACUUGA